AUGCAAGAUACUAUGUGGUCCAUGCAGAUCCCUCCUACUACCCCUGCUACCCCUGUUCCUCCUGCUGUCCCAGCUGCACCAAAUGCUCCUGCAAAUGAUGCUACUGGCCGCUUAAUGGAGAGAUUCUUAAAGAUCCAGCUCCUUACUUUUACUGGGAUCUCUAGGGAUUCCCUUCUACCAGUUAAGUGGAUUAAAGAAAUGGAGAAAGCCUUUGAGUUCUUAGGCUGCAAUGAAGAACAAAAAAUUUCCUAUGCAAGAUAUAAGCUACAACAAGAAGCAGAAGCUUGGUGGCAGAUCACUAAGCCUAUUUUGGCUGCUGCCCAACCUGUUCUAACCUGGGAAAUCUUCAAGGAAGCCUUCUUUGGCAACUAUUUCCCUACUAGCGUGAGAAAGAAGAAGGAAGUGGAACUCAUGGAGUUAGUUCAAGGCCCCAGAUCAGUGUUAGAAUAUCAACAGAAGUUCGAAGAACUCUUUUUCUUCGCUCCUCCCCACUUGAACACUAAUGAGGCUAAACCACAAAAGUUUGAAGAUGGAUUGAGGCCAUCCCUUGCCACAGUAAUGAUUACAUAUAAGACUCAAGGUUACUCAGAAGUUGUAUAA